GAACCGGAUAACCUUGGGAUUGUACACGAGUGUGAACGAACAGUUUGUAAGUUGUUUGCGCUUUAUAACGGUGAUAUAUCCAGAUAUAUUCAGGGUGUGGCUGAAAUUACACCAAAUUCGUGCAGUCUGCUGAUGUUUAGACGAGACUGGAGCUGCUACAGCGUGCAGUGAAUCAUCCAGAUCAGCCCUGAAAUGUCCCUGCAGAAGGUCACCCGACUCCCUCCAGUGAGGCUGCUCAGCUCCAUCCUCCAGCAGCAGCAGCAGCAGCAGCUGUUGUUCCUCCCGUCCACCUCCGCCCUCGCUGUGCCCAGAAGAGCUAUGGGUGAAUACAGACGACCCGGCCAGCCCAAAGAGAACAAGUACCUGUGGCAGAAGAUUGACUUUGACUUCUCAAAGGGGUUGGAGGGGAUAAAGAAGGAUUUCACUCUGCUGAAAAAGGAGCUUUUCGACCGCAGCAUUGGUCCACAGGGCAAACCAUUGGAGGAGCACAUGCUGGAACAGAACAGAGUGAUCUGGGAGUUUAGAGGUCAAGAGAGUCUGGAUCAGUGGACUGUGUCUUCUGAUCAGGAGAUAGGAGGCCAGAGUGAAGCAUACCUAAAGCUUGGAAAGAACAAUGUCACCUGUUUUCUGCAUGGGAAUCUGAGUUCUGUUCCUCCAAGAGAUGGAGAGACACGUUACAGCGGAUACUGCACCAUGCGCUCAAAACAACCACGGGCUGCGUUUAACAGAAAACAGCACUACAACUGGUCCAAUUUUAACACCCUGCAUUUGCGUAUCCGUGGUGAUGGCCGUCCAUGGAUGAUCAACCUCUCGGUAGACACGUACUUCGAGCACAACAAAGAUGACAUAUACAGUUAUUUCCUCUUCACCAGGGGGGGACCCUACUGGCAAGAUGUGAAGAUACCUUUCUCCAAGUUCUUUUUCUCAAGUCGAGGGAGGAUUCAAGACAACCAGCAUCCCAUCUGGCUGGAUAAGAUCAGUACUAUUGGGUUUACGUUGGGAGACAAAGCAGAUGGUCCGUUCCAGCUUGAGAUUGACUUCAUUGGUGUCUGUAUAGAUUAUGGACACACUGAGGAGUGCGCCUAUGAGAAGUACAAGAGGAAUCCUGAAGUCUGAGAACAGCUACCACCGUGCUGCAGUUGAACUGCUAUCAGAAAAACAAUGACACCUUCACUCGUGUUGACGCGUUUAUCAGGAUCCUAGUGGAUGUUCUGUGAUACAGCACUGACUUACAGUUCUUACCUGUGUGGAAGGAAUGUUUAUCUGGUCUUAAAGUAAGAAAAUAUUCAAUUCAAGGCUUCCUGAAUGAGAGUUACAGGACAAUAACGGAAGAUUUUGUUGCUCCUUUACAAGAAACUUAAGUUGAUGAUGCUUGUUCUGUACAUAUGACAUCACAUACAGAUGAUUUAUUAAACAAUAAAACUAUUUUCCACAUGAA